GAGGGAGUUUCCUUGUUGACAGAAGCAGACCUCACUGACACCCUGCUGCCUGCUAGCUAUAUAGCUAGAUAGCUAGAUAGCUAGAGAGCUGCACCCAUUGGCCACGUCCCAAUUAAUCUAACUCCUCUAUCCUCCGAUAUCCACCAUGGACUUGAACACUAUGUUGCCACAGCUUGAAACUGCCGACGAGAAGGACAUCGAGAAGUUUCUGCGGCAAUAUAUUCGAGAGAACAGUCACACCUUCAGUUUUGACCAGAAGGAAGAAUCCCUGCGCAGUAAGCUGUGCCAGAGUGUGUUGUCAGUUCUCGGGAGGCGGGUGAAGCCUAGCUGUCAGAAGACAUGUCUGGAGACGCUCCGCAUCCUGUCCAGAGACAAGCGUGUCCUCGCGCCGGUAGCCACCAGGGAGGGCAUGCUGAUCUUGGGAGCGAUGGCGAGGCUGAGUGCUGGAGAGGAAGGCGAUGACAACCAAAACAUCUCUCAAGAAGACGACCUGUCAGAGGAGGAGGAGAGGGUGGUGGUGGAGGCCUUGAAGUGCCUUUGCAAUGUGGUGUACAAUAGUCCUGCUGCUCAGCAGGUUAGUGUAGACGUGCAGCUGGUUCAUGGGCUUUGUGCCACCCUGUGUACAGCCCGUACAUGGCACCAUGAAGUGGGCCUCUUCACACUGCGCCUUCUCUUCUUGGUGUCUGCACUAAGACCUGAUGUGAGAGGGGUUUUGAGGAGAGAACGGCAUGCUGUGAGACUACUGACGGAGGUCCUGGAGCACACCCUGGAUGUGAGCUGGGUUGGUCCCUAUGAAGCUGCUCCUCCAGAUCCACAGGCUCUGCCCAUGCCUGCAGAGGACAAUGAGAGAGCAAUGGAGGCGCUCAAAGCCUUGUUCAACCUCACACUGUCUGACACUGGUGGUGAGGAGGAUGACCACCAUUUCCGACUUAUCGCUGCCAUCUUGCGCCAUCUGUUGAUGCUGAAGACUGAGACCGAGGAGAAAACGGAGGAAGCACACAGCCAUGCCAUCAACCUGCUGAAUAACCUGCCUGUGUCCUGCCUGGAUGUGUUAAUCGACGUGCCUGUCCAGGGCGGACUAGAGAUAUAUGGUGGGAAAAAUAUGGAUGCAGUCCAGAUGUUAAUAGACUUCAUGGAGAAAAGGAUGGACAAGCAGGGCUCCAACUACAAAGAAGGUUUGACUCCGGUGCUCAGCCUUUUGACUGAAGGAUCCAGGCACCACAGGGAGAUCCGCAGAUGUAUCAAAGCUCAGGUUCUUCCCCCGCUGAAAGAAGUAAAGGUCAGGCCAGAGAUCGGCACCACCACCAGAAACAAGCUGGUUCGCCUCAUGACGCAUGUUGACAUGGGUGUGAAGCAGACGGCUGCAGAGUUUCUCUUUGUCCUCUGCAAAGAAAGCGUGGACAACCUGUUGAAGUACACAGGAUAUGGAAACGCAGCAGGACUCCUGGUGGCUCGAGGACUUCUCGCAGGAGGGAGAGGAGAGACUCAGUACUCCGAAGAUGAAGACUCCGAUACAGAGGAAUACAAAUCUGCUAAACCAUUCAUUAAUCCUAUCACCGGUCAUGUGGAGGAGCCGAUGCCGAACCCCAUCGAAGAGAUGACCGAAGAGCAGAAGGAGUACGAAGCCCAGAAACUUGUCAAUAUGUUUGACAAGUUGUCAAGGCAGAACGUGAUCCGGCCAAUGGGGGUCAGGCCUGACGGGACGUUAGCGCCUCUUGAAGAAACUCUCUGUGAUCCAGCUGAGGACUCAGGAUCAGACUCUGACUAGUGCACUUCACAUGUAGGCCACAUUUUCCAGGAUAAGCCCACUAGGCCCAAGCACAUCUGGAGCUGUGUCCUAUUUCAUGGUUUGGACCUUUUGAAGGAAGGUGUCCAGACUCGGUCUACUGCUUCUGGGCAAAAAUAGCAUACGUCAGUCAAAAGAUCCACACGCUGUACCGAUACCUCCCAAUAAAUUAUACUCUAUUAACUUAAACAUGCAGAUAUCAGUACAAUGUGUGGAUCUAUAGUCGGUGACCCCGAAUAGUCCACGAUUCGUUCUAAGGAGCCUGGAGCCGUCGUAGUGAUGGGAAAUGUGGUAAUGACUCAGAGUAGCGUUCAUAAAAAACAGAACAUAGCACUAUUACUAACGAUUCUCUAAAAACAGCUGGAAAACAGCCAUGUGCGGCGUGCGUUUCUCUCCCGCUGACUGUCUCUUCACUUCUCUGUCUUCUCAAUUCUGUUUGUGGAUUGCCACAAUGGAGAAAAAUAAAUUAGGUGCGAAAGUUCUGUUUUCAACCACGAAAAGGCAAGCAGGAUACACUAUAUUUCUAUAGAUGCAUAAUAGAUACAUUUAAACAGAGUGGGGUCAAUAAGCAAGACAAGAAAUGCAUGAUUCUACAAUCAGACUAAAGAGUUUAUUUGACUGACAACCUUAGACGACUCUUCCUGAAAACCAAAGUAAUGCGGGAAUUUACUAUCCGCUUUUUUAACUCCUAUGCCUAAAGUCGCCCUAAAUUGAGGAGUCUAUUACUGUCAGCUGUAACAAGAUUUGUGAUACCUGAAUUCACAUUUGAAAGUUUUUGUGUACAAAAUGUGGCACAACUGGCAAGUAGUGAAUCAGAUUGAUGAUAAAUGUAUCCAUGUAACUUCUAGUCAUCUGCAAGUUUAAGUUGGGUCUAGUUCAAGCAAUGUAUAUUAUGUCGGCCCGUUAUUACGUAUUCAGUCUAGAAAUGUGACUUCUGGUGAUCCAGCUCUGAACUGGGACACAGCUCAUCAUGUCCCAGGACGCAUUAGAGGCCCUGUUGCAGCAGUGAGACAUUCCCUGAAGUGGAAGUGGCAUCAUGAUGCACAGGAGGCCUCCAGGCAUCUUCCCCUCCCUAAGGUAAAAAAAAUAAAAAAUGAGGUAAUAAUAUAAUUCUUUGCUGGAUUGUAGGCAUCUCACUGAAAGCACUGUUGUAAUGGACUGUUAAGUGUCACUCGGUCUGAAAGUCAUUCCUUCACUUGUGGUUUAUUGUUUCUUUUUCUUCUUUUUUUUACAUUACAUUGUUUCUGCUACAUGCUGAUUCUGUCCACUCUGUAUUUCUAGAUGAUUGAAGAGCACACUAUUCACACACAUUUAAACGUGAAAUCAUUGAAAACUGUUUACAGCAAACCUAGUAAUUGUUUUAAAAUCAUGGGGCCCUUUGUCCAGUAUGGACCAAAGGAUUGAUGUACAGUAUAUUUAGAGAUCAGUGUCCCUGUGGACAGAUUUAACUUGCAGCUCACAUUACGUUUCCAUUCACAUAUGUUUAUGCACAUCUUGAAUUAUCACAUUAGAAAAGCUGAUCGGAAACUCUAAGUCUCAAGUUUUACACUUGCAUGAGGUGGUUUCUACCUUUUUUGUCAGAAAAGAGUCAAUGUGGUGACAUUUGGACAUAAUUAACUUUCAACUCAAAUUACUGAUUAGCUGUUUCCACUGUUGGCGCCUUCUCGGAUAUUCCUAUAGCGUGUUAAUACUUAUUUUUAUAUAUAGACAUCACAAAACAUGGCAAUAGUAGCUGACAUGAUGGAACAAUUAAAGCGUGCCCAAUUAAAACAAAUUACUGUAUAUCAUUCUCCUUUUUUCUCUUGUAGGUGGGUUAGAUGGCCAAAGAGACUUGUUUGGUUCCCGGUUCUUAAAACUCUGUUUACUGGCAGAUUAUAGCUUUGGGUAGCCUGUGGAGCCAACUUCUGACUAAACUACGCUGUAGCUGAGUUUAUUUGCUCCAAACCAGUUCAUGGAAACGCUUGAUUAGCUGUUCUCUUUCUGUGACACUUCAAAAGUUCGCUUAAAAUUUGUUUGAAAAUUGAAUGGUAACUUGGCGAGUCGUCCGGUUGUGUAAUUAUCAGUUAGCCGCAAACCUUCUGAAUUCAGGGCUUGUUGGUUUGCUGUGUGUUUUUCAUCUAACAUUAUGACGGUCUUUGUCCAGAGGGUAUGGUCGUAAACAGUAAACUCCGAUGAUUGUUUUCUAAUCCAUUUUACUUUUGCUAAAUCUGCAUGGUGUUAAAUAAGUUCUCAGUGACAGUUUUUUUUUCUAGAUCUAUUCUUUUUUGCUAAUUUUAUACAAAUCCACAGGUAUAAACUAGUAUUAUACAGACCCACUGUCUGUAUGAACUGAUUAAUAUUUAUUUUUGUUGGUUACAUUUCAUUUAAUGAAGAAGCUGCCAGUGCAUUACAACUUCACAACAAAUUGCUGAUUACAAUGCAAAGUAAAUAAAUAUUGCUUUUAUCAGA